AAUCAGCGUUACAUAAACAACACAACCCUUGAUGAAUGUAAGGAGAAGUUAGGUCCGUAAAAGUCUUCAGAUUUCCUCUCAUAGUCAAUAUUAAUUCUCUAUUUGGCUCAAAAUGUCAGUAAAGCAUGUUCUCAGCCGAGGGCUGGAGCUGGGCAGGUCGGUUUUCCAGCUGGGACUUCUCAAACCUGCCGGUCGGGUCGCAGCGAAGUUCCGCGGUGAGAGGCUGCGUGUGUCCCGGCCGACCCGCACCGUCCAGCCGCAGACUUUUCUGCCCGGCCGGUACCGCUUCUUCAGGUUGUCUGUCAGCGGGCUGGCCGCGCAGCUCCAGUCCGGAGCUUUCAGGAGAGUGAUUGGAGGAGGGUCUGCCAGAAACAGGGCGGUUUUCCUGGCGUUUGGGGUGGGUUUGGGUCUGAUUGAACAGGAGCAGGAGGAGGACAGAACCAGCGCUGCUCUGUGUCAGGAGAUACAGGCUGUAUUUAGAAAGAAGAAGUUUCAGAGCCUUCCGAAGCCCUUUACAUCCGGCUACAGGCUGGAAGAUUAUGUGAUUGGGAAACAGAUCGGGAAAGGUUGUAACGCAGCUGUUUAUGAGGCUGCGGCUCCAUUUGCUCCUCCUGUAGAGAGUAAGAAGUGUUCAUUGGUGGAACUAAACCAGAAAGAAGCUGAAGAUGAUAAUAAGAAAGAAGAACCGCUUCGACUUUCUGCUUCACCAAGCUUUCCUUUGGCAAUGAAGAUGAUGUGGAACAUUGGGGCUGGUUCAUCAAGUGAUGCCAUCCUCCGCUCGAUGUCCAUGGAGUUAGUUCCUUCAUGCCCACAAGCUUUAAGAAAAGAGCAAGGAGAGCUGACUUUGAACGGGCACUUUGGAGCGGUGCCCAAACGACUGAGCGCUCAUCCCAACGUCAUCACAGUGUACCGGGCCUUCACUGCGGAGGUGCCGCUGCUGCCUGGAGCUCGCGAGGAGUAUCCUGAUGUCCUGCCGACCCGACUCAAUCCACAUGGUUUAGGCAGUAACCGUACACUGUUCCUGGUCAUGAAGAAUUACCCCUGCACCCUGCGGCAGUACCUGGAGGUGUGUGUGCCAAAGCGCACGCAGGCCUCGCUCAUGUUCCUGCAGCUGCUGGAGGGAGUGGAUCAUCUGUGCAGACAAAACAUCGCUCACAGAGACCUCAAAUCAGACAACAUCCUCCUGGAGUUCGACAACACUGGGUGUCCUAGGCUGGUGAUCACUGACUUUGGCUGCUGUCUAGCAGAGGAUUCAGGCCUCAAACUGCCUUUCAGCAGCUGGUGGGUGAACAGAGGGGGAAACUCCUGUCUAAUGGCACCUGAGGUGUCCAUGGCAGUGCCUGGUCCAGGGGUGGUGAUUGAUUACAGUAAAGCAGAUGUGUGGGCUGUGGGAGCAAUUGCUUAUGAGCUCUUCGGUCAGCCAAACCCCUUCUACACACUGGAGAGUCGGAGUUACCAGGAAAAACAACUGCCUGCACUUCCUGCUGCUGCGCCUGAUGACGUUCAGCUGGUGGUGAAGCUGCUGCUGCGCGAAAACCCUCAUAAGCGGCCCAGUGCACGAGUGGCUGCUAAUAUCCUGCACAUCAGUCUGUGGGGCCGGCGUGUGCUGGUGGGUCUGGACGAGGUCCGGAUGGCUGAGAUGAUGGCUUGGCUGCAGUGUCAGUCUGCUGUUGUCCUCCUGAAGGGCCGUGGGCGAGACCAAAGCUCAGUGGAGGCUGAACUCCAGAGAUCUUUCCUCGCCAACAUCGAGCUGGAGGACCUGAGGACCGCUGUCAGCUUCAUGACCUACGAGCGCAAGCAGUGGAGAUCCCUGCUGAUGUCUAACUCUCAGCCAUAGUGUGUCUGUGUGUGUGUUUAUUGUAGAAAAAAAGCUCUAAUUGCCAAGAGAGUCUAUUUCUAAUGUUUUUUUUUUUCAGUUCUUUCUGUAGAUAGAUGAAGCACUUUAGUUUUUAUAGAUAAGUUCAACCAAAAAUUUGAGAUUUAUGCUGUUAAUUAUAUUAAGAUGCACUGAAUUUUUUGGGAUGCACCUCCUAAAAUUAUCAGCUGAAAAUGGAGUUUUCAGUUUUCAGAUAAAAA